UCCAAAUGCAUUAGGUUCCCGAUUCAUCGGAGGCGAUCACAUGAUUAAUGACCAAUCAGAAUUUGAAUUUAAAGAAGCAAAAAAUCAGGUGAUCAAGAAAGUGAAAGAGAACAGCAUACACAGUUCAUAUUUAACAGUUAAGUACAAGCAUGAUUUACGUUAUGCUGAUUUUAUUAAUCAGUAA